CACCCACCCUCUAAUCUUCCAAAAGUCCGUGGCAAAGAUGUGUGGGCAGAGGCUGAAUAGCACACAGUAGCCAAACAUAUAAAACAGAAGGACUUUCAGAAAAUUUGAGAAACUCAAGUUGACUCUUUGUGACAAGCUUGACCGAGCAGACUGCCAACAAUUUAUCAACGUGACCAGCGCAACUUCAGCAUAACGAUGACUCUCGUACCAUGGCUCAUCAUGCUCCUCUGUGUUAUUCUACCGAGAGUGAAUGGUCUCACCUCCUUCCAUGAACUCUACAUUGUUGAUAAGGGGGACAAUUUGGUGACUCUGACUUGUCCCACGGCAUUCUCUGGAGCUAUGACGUGGAAGUACGAGGGAGAGACUGAGGAUUUAGACAAAGCUCAGGUCCAAGGCCGUAACCUGAUACUGAAUGAGGUGGACUGGUAUGGAGAAUACAGCUGCUGGGAUGGAGACAAGAAACUAGGCUCCAUCUAUCUACUGGAGGAGCUGAAGGACCCAGAGGAACAGGACGAUUAUUUAAUCAGCUGUCAGGCCAAGUCUUAUGGCUGCACCUUUAACUGUAGCUGGACCCACAGUGAAUUCACAGCUGUCCGUCUUGGGCUGGGCCAUGACUGUACUGACAGCCAGGAAUCUUGCACCUGGGUGUACCCAACGACCAGCCUCCAAGAUGGAGGGUUGGAGUUUGAACUGACACAUUCGCUUUCACCCUACACUGAGGAGGCCGCUCCCCUAGUGGUCACUGUUGAGGCCAUCACCAGGCAGGAGUACCUCAGGAAGACUAAGAGGUUCUACCUAAACGACAUUGUCCAGCCAGACAGUCCUGCAGGGAUGAAGUGCCAGGUGAUGGAUCAGAGAUUGAAGGUGAAAGUAGAACCGCCAGCCACCUGGAACUGUCCGCCCAGCUACUUCCCUCUGGAGCACCAGAUAGGAUACAUUUUUAAAGACAACGGAAAGGAGGAGCACUCUAUGAAUCCUCUCAUACCGAGAGGGGUCAGUAAGCUGAGGGCCCGCUCCAGAGACCCCCUGGUCCCUUCCCCCUGGAGCCAGUGGACCCCCUGGAAAAAUGUGGUUACGGGAGGCAAAAAGGAGGAGAAAUGCAAAGAAAAACGCAAAGGAAAAGAUAGCAUCUGCUGCAAGACUGGAGAAAAGAAGAGGACCAAGACUAAGUCGAGAUCUGCAUUCACUGCUAAUGAAUAACGGACAUCGUGCGUCUCUAUUGUCGUAUCACUAUGUGUUUCUGGGAUCUAGACAGUUAAAUAUGUCAAUAAAAUGUAAUAUUCAACAUGUUCCUAAAAAGUAGUGAUGAUUAUGGACUUUCUACAUCCAUGUAGUUUGUCUAUAGAGUGGAUGGUCCUCAUGCAGACAUGGUUUUACUCCUGCAAAUUUCAGAUGAAAAUGCUAAUCUGAUGAAUGUGACCAGAAAUAAUUUUUUAUCUACUGUGUAAAUUAGAUCACAACAUCAAUGUAUCAACACAUACAGGUUGUUAAAGUGGCAAUCUGUAGUUCAAACCAAAACAAAAUGGACACCUGCCACUGUCUUGGUGUACAGGCUGAGUGAUGGGGCUGGAGAAAUGUAACCACUCCAAAAUUCAGAAACAGAGCUGUCUAUAGCUGACAAUCUAUGUAGUUUUAACUAUGUUUCGAGGCUAAACCGUGUUUGCUUACAAUUACACUUGCUUACAAACAAUAGAGUAAGACAAGCUUAUUAUAUUUGGGGGCACCAUUUUAUUUUUUAUUUACAGAGAGCUUGGGGCACACUCAAACACUCAGACAUAAUUUACAAACAAAGCAUUUGUGUUUAGUGAGUCCACCAGAUAGGAGGCAGUAGGGAUGACCAGGGAUUUUCUCUUGAUACCUGCCUGAAUUGGACCAUUGUCCUGUCCUGCUAAGCAUUCAAAAUGUAAUGAGUACUUUAGGGUGUCAGGGAAAAUGUAUGGAGUAAAAAGUACAUGAUUUUCUUUAGGAAUGUAGUGAAGUAAAAGUAAAAGUUGUCAAGAAUAUAAAUAGAAAAUGAAAGUACAGACACCCCAGAAAAACGACAUAAGUAAUACUUUAAAGUAAUUUUAUAUAAAGCAAGCUAUCACACACACACACACACACACACACACACACACACACACACACACACACACACACACACACACACACACACACACACACACACACACACACACACAAUGCAUUUCUUGAGACAUUCAACCACUGUACACUUCCUGUUUCACACUAUGUAUUUCUCGACAUAGCUCAUUCUAAUAUUUCUACUAAUUAUACACACCACAUAUUUAUUUAUGUACUGGAAUCUUGAUAUAGCUCACUCUAAUAUAUCUAAUGCUGUUCAUACCAUUCUUCGUUUAAUAUCUUGUGAAAAUUAUUCUGGUGUACAUAUGGAUAGAAUGCAUUUGGAUUACUGUUACAGAGAUAUUUGGGUUGUUAAUUAGAUUAAUUCUGAUGUUUCUAGAUUGGUUUCUUGAUUCAUUUAUUUGGUAUUAUUUGUAAACUUGAUUGACAUUUUACUGCAUUGUUAGGAGCUAGUAACAUAAGCACUUCACUGCACCCGCUAUAACAUCUGCUAAACUGUGUAUGCGACCAAUAAACUUUGAUUUGACACACACUG